UUACUCUAUACACCUGUCUGGCGAUCCAUUAUCUCGUCUUCCCACAUCCUUGCCCUUAUUGAACUGGUGAAAUUUUCUGGUUACUACUUUGUCUGCAAACCUGACAUCUCAUGGCCUUCGAUUCGGAAAACGAGGUGUCCGAUAUAACCUCAUAUACCGAUGAUCAUGGGUAUGGUGUCCAGCACCCAGAUGGAUCGAGUCAAUCCACUUCGGUGCAACCCGGAGACUCAGCAGAAACAUCAUCAACUUCCAUUUCCACACCAGCUAUAGCAUCAACCACUCUGACCAGCUAUGAGUCUGACGAUGCUUUCGCUUCACCAACAUCGUCACCGUCGACCGAUCCAGCGAGUUCAGGAUCCGGAGGCAUGGCCACCAAAACUAAGAUCGCGAUAGCUGUCCCCGUUGCUGUUGUCGGAGCUGCGAUAAUACUCCUAGUAAUCUUCCUCCUCAUGAGAUGGCGCAAUCGCCGACAAAGAAAUGCCCUCCAAGCCGCCAAUGUCGAGCCGAGCCGAGCCCCCGAAGCAGCUUUUGUCCCUCAAGAAGAACCCAGAUGGAGCACUGCACGAUCACCAACUCACGAUAUGCCCUUUGAAGGACCCCUCCCCGGACAAGCCAUAUCACAGAAUUACCAAAUGGACAUAGUCCCCGACCAAACCUCCAGGCCCAGAAGCCAGCCUCUCGACUCUAACCCUUACCACGCGCAAGCCGGUCUUGCUGUAACCACCAUGCCGGAACAUGAAGCCGAAAACAGCCGCACGGCCCUCACGGAAAGAAAUGUCGCUUCGAAUGAAACAUCGCACAAUUUGCAGCGGCCGCAGUCGCCUUUCGCCGAUCCCCAUGACGAUGCGAUAUCUCAGAUCUCGGGUGUGAGUGGUGGGCGACAGCACAGGCAGACGCAGGACGAAAUGGAUGACGUUUCUUCCGUAUCGUCUUUCAAUGAUGAUGACCGUGGACCGGACACGCAUAAUGGUAUACGUCGGUAGAUUGUACAUAGCAUUGUAUACUUUGAAUUAAGCUUUCUUAGUUUUAAUAUCUGAACUUAUAGUUUGCACUAAUGGCAUUGAAUCUACCAUCUACG